AUGGCUUUUGAUGGCGCAAUCUCAUUCAUCGAGCCUGGCGGCGGGCAUGUUCCCUGGAAUGAUACCGGAGUAAAAUUACCAUUUGCUAACCUCACCAGCUAUCAAACUUCAUGGCUUCGAACAAGCUGCCAAAAUGAUAGUGUGGCUGUUCAAGCCGAAGCAUUUGACUUCGAUAUACCUGCAAACACUAGUAAAAGUGAGGCAUAUAUAUACUAUGAUGAUUCAACGAUUGGUCCAGCAAAAUGUGUGAUUAUUGGUACUGACAAGCAUAUUGCCAAUGAUACAAGCAUGAAGAAACAUUACGUCUUGAUCGUCAAGCCGCUCUCAGACGUCCUUGGUACGACAUCCUACGAACGUUGUGGCGUCGGAUACAUACCAGGCAAAUAUAUUCGCUUGGACGAUCUUUCUGUUUUUGUGUCAAUCGAGUAG